AUGCGGUUACCCUACCUCUCUUUCGCCGUCUUCCAUGUUGGCUUCCUGCUCUUGUCAUCGGCGCCUUCACUUGUCCGCGCAACGUCGACAGCACCCACAACACCGGAACCAUUAUGGGUCCAACCGUCUGGGGAAUGGUUUGGCAUCGACGGCACUUGGUCAAACUUCAUGUUUGCCGUGGGAUCUCCCGCCCAGAUCGUCUAUCUCACACCUGCCACGGCCUUGUCCGAGACGUGGGUUGUUGGGGCCGGCGGUUGCGCAUCAGGCCCAGGUAACCAGCCAUGUGUGGACGCUCGUGGUGGCGUCUUUGACUAUCACAUCUCGGAGACAUGGCACACCUUAGGGGCGGGUGCUUACGAGCUGGGUAUGAACCACGUCGGUGUUCAGAGGAAUGGCGACUAUGGCUUGGACACCGUCGCCUUCGUCGAUACAAAGGCCAGCACCGCCACGUCCAUUGAUGGUGUACUGAUUGCCGCUGUCAAUGCCACCGAAUACUAUCAAGGCUACAUCGGACUGGGCGUGACUCAAGGCAGUAUAAACCAUAACGUUACCAACCCUCUCAUCACCCAACUCGCCGAAGUGGAUGGCAUGAUUCCCAGUCAUAGCUACGGGUACACGGCGGGGGCAUAUUACCGCGACACGACUACAAACGGUACACAUGCCUCGUUGACUCUUGGGGGCUAUGAUGCACUGAGGUUCGUGCCACAUGAUACGACAUUUAGGCUCUACAUAGGAAACUCGGCCGCGGAUCCGAAUGACCGAGCGCCCACGGUACGACUUCGAGGCCUUGGUGCUCAGGUUCCAUCGUUGGACAAGGCACCUGGGAAUUGGACAUCGACUUCUCAGACUUUCGUCGCCAUGAAUGAUUCGAUUACCGCUCUCAUCGACUCGUCAACGCCGUUUCUAUGGCUCCCAACCGACAUCUGCGAACGUAUUGCUUCUGCUCUUGAUCUGGCUUGGAGGGAGGACCUUGGCGUUUAUGUGUUCGCGAAGGGAGGGGAUCAAUACCUCAAGUACAGGCACAUGAAGUCCACCGAAGAGUUGUCGUUCACUUUUACCGUCUCCAGCUACGAUAACAGUGAUGACUUCGGCUACCCACUCAACAUGCCAGGAGUUGUCAAUAUCACCAUCCCUCCCGCCGCAUUUGCCCAGGUCCUGCGUUAUCCUUGGAAGAACGUCAUCAAAUUCAACGAGUCGAGCAUACCGUAUUUCCCCUUGACACGAUCUACAAAGGAAACAAACAACAAUCAGUAUAUAAUCGGCCGUGUAUUCAUGCAGGAAGCAUACAUCAUUUCCAAGUACGACAAGGCCUCAUUCUCUAUCCAUCAAGCGCUGUUCCCCGACAACUCAGCCACCAAUCACUCCUUACAGGUCAUCGAAAGGCCUCCGAAUAGUCCUUAUCCCGAGGGUCCCCCGGUUAAGAAGUCGAGCAAAAAGCCGUUGGGCGUGGGGCAAACGGUGGCGAUCGUGGUUUGCGCUUUUGCGGCGGGCAGUGUCAUUGGUCUGAUAUCGUUCCUGUGUUGCCGGCGAAAAUCGAAGGCGAAGAAAAACCAGGCCCGUAAAAAUCUGGAUCAAAGUACGGAGAAGGUUGUCCCGGUACAUGAUGAACCGGCACAGAGCCCGGUCAGCCGGAUGCUGUCGAUGUUUGCUAGAAGGAGAAGGUCAAGGAGGCAAUCGACGUCGCAAGGGACGGAGGCGACCAUGACCGAACCUGUUGAAGUCGGUGCCGACGCUCAGCAUCAGAUCUUCGAACUGCCAGUUCCGCCUGAACCGAUCGAGUUGGACAACAACGACUAUGGAAAUGAUGACGCAAACCUUGGGCUGGAUGGUAGUCGGGAAAUGAGCGAAUAUGAGGCGGCGCGGCGAAAGCUCGAACGACAACUUCAGGGGCCGGUACCAAUCUACACAGCGACCACGGAACACAACGAGCGUGCUGCUGGAUAUCCCAACGAGAAGUCAUCACAGGAUGUAUUACCUGUUCACUACGGUCCUAGCGAGGAGCCAUCUCCUGGAUCGUCGCCCACAUACGCCAACACAGAUUCCCUCCCCAACUCGCUGCCAUCGCCCUUGUCGCCAAACGCAGACUGGACGGCGGGUAGAGUCUUCGAUCUGCCAUCACCCAUGACCGUAGCCUCUCCCAUCCGGCUACACCAUUUCCCAACAGCGACAGGUUUUGCUGACCCAGCCUCCGGCCACUCGCCAGUCUCGUUACAGUCACCACACUCGCCUCACGCCUACCUCCCUUCACCAGUAACCCCGUCAACGGACACACACGGAGGGUCAGGUUCACCUACCUCACCAACCGGAGGACCGGUCCCCCUACCCGGCAGCGCAGCAAUACAGCGCACGCCCAUCGAUCCCAUCCACACGCAGAUAGUUUGCCUAGGACCCAUGCCAGCAAACAUACAGCUUCCCGUUCCACACCAUCGGCAUUCACAUCCCAAUCAUCGGCCAGCUGUACCUCGGAUCAUUACGCCCGACGACCGACAACAUAUAGCAGAACGACCUGAAGAAAAGUUCGAUGUCGAGAGUGGUCCUCUGAGACGUUCAGAUUCGGUAACCCGCGGUUCUAAUGAGACCUUGGGUUCCAACUUUACCGUGGAGGAGGAAAGCCAGCUGAGGCAUGUGCAGUUGGCUGCGCAGCGGAGUGCGACGGCUCAACAGAUGCAGCAAGCAUCGCCGGUAUCACCGACAUCACCGACGUCACCUACAUCACCAACAUCACAUCAGCAACAGUCGCAUCAACGACAACAGCGACGACGACGACGACGAGAACGACGAGAACAACGCGAAGAAGAUGACACCAACAACCCGCGCGACGAAGACUUCCCCCGCAGCCCCCGAAGCAUGGAACGAAUCGAGGCCGGGUCGGAGUUAGUUCAUGUCCCACAGGUGGCUGCGCAGCGGCUCGCGGCUGAAAAGGAGGAGGAGGAGGAGGAGGAGGCGGAGGAGGAGGUUGUCUAG